AUGGAGGCAGCAACUGGUGAUGGUAUAGCCAGUGGGACAAACGCCACUCAAGCAGCCGAUGGCAUCACCAAGGAGCUUUGUAGCUUCGUGGCAAAUGCGAAAUAUGAGAUGCUUCACGAAAAGCACAUAAUCAAGUUGAAAGAUCUUAUUAUCGAUCAUGUCGGAAUAUCCGCUGGCGCCGCUGCCAUUGCCGAGUCCACUGAGCCGUUCCUAAAGGCUGUCUUUGCCCUGCACGGAGACUCUGGCCAGUGCACUGUUUAUACCAAAGGGAAACGUUUCUCCCCGCAAUAUGCCGCUUUCCUGAACGCAGCUUUCUCCCACAGUUUUGACUUCGACGACACGCACGCUGCUUCUAUUCUGCACCCGGGGGCAACCUCGAUCCCCGCCGCAUUGGCGCAGGCUGAAGCGUCUCAGUGUGAUGGGAAGACGUUUUUACUUGGUACAGCAGUGGGCUACGAAAUCACCACACGAAUUGGGCGUGCUCUGAAUUACGGCGGCUAUACCCGAGGAUUCCACAAUACAGCGAUUGCUGGCAUCUUCGGAGCUGUGGCUGCCAUCUCGAAGAUCAAGGGGCUCUCAGCACCACAGAUCGAGAACGCUUUCGGUCUGGCGCUUUCCAAAGCAGCCGGUUCAAUGCAGUUUCUUGACAAUGGCUCCUGGAAUAAGCGCCUUCAUCCCGGAUUUGCUGUUCAUGACGCAUUUCUCGUGGUUGCACUGGCCGAGGCUGAUGUGCUUGGCGCCACAAGGCCAAUCGAAGGAAGAUAUGGUGUUCUGCACUCUUAUUCGACUACCUCGACCCUCGAACGUUUAAUCGAGGGCCUCGGGACGGAGUGGAUAUUUGCCUCUACAGCUAUGAAACCAUUCCCAGCCUGUCGCAUGACCCAUUCGGCCAUUGAGAUUGUCGCUGGGGUAGCCACCGAUUCGAACCGUAAAUCUGUCAACAACAUCCUGGUAGAGAUAUCUCCUGGCUGCUUUCCAAUUGUCGGCACCGAGGACCCAAACAAGCUACAGCCCAAGACCAUUGUUGAUGCACAAUUUAGUAUGUACUACCAGGUUGCUAUUGCUUGGCUUUAUGGAAUGGAUAUUGGCUGGAGAAUGUACGAGAAACUGGAGGACCCCGAAGUACUGGGCUGGUGUAAAAAGGUCAAGGUGGUAAUCAACAAGGAAGUCUUCGACCUCGAAGCUCGAAUCAAAUUCAGCUUCCAAGAUGGCACCACGCGCGAAAAAACAAUAGUGCAUCCAUUAGGCGAGGACGAGCAUCCGUUUUCCAAGGAUCGCAUUCAUGGCAAGUUUGUGGGCAUGACGGAACCAUGCUAUGACGGAGAGACGCAAAAUGCGAUUCUCAACGCCAUUGAGAAUAUUGAUUCACGAAAGGUAGUCGACUUGUUAUCGUUGCUCUGA